AUGGUCUAUGCCGACACGGGCGUUGAGGUCACAAAGGACAAUCAACUUAUCCGCCUUCGACACAGUCGCCAGAAAUGCAUACAGGUCCUCGUAGAAUUUGUCUCUUGUGGCGUCAGGACUGGUCAUCGGCGGAGCGUAGCCGUUGACGAUGAUGGCGAAUUUGCCUCCCUGAAGAGACAGAUGGAGACUCAUCAGACGAUCGUUGAUGCCCUGCGGCAGACAGGGCGGCCUUCCCACGAUGUCCUUUCCGAGGGCAAAAGCGACACCCGCAUCUUGUCGCUUAGCAUUGAAGUGACCGCUCGAGAAGUUGAAGUCGACACCCACCUCCCGCAGUUGGCCUUGUUCGGAGAACCGGGUCGAGUUGAGUGCAACGAUGUCCACCUUUCAGCGCCCUAG